AUGGCUGCUUACAUGGACGAAGAAGAAGUGUUCAAAUGUCCAAAACACCCUUCCAAACGCCGUCGCAACGGAAUCUGUCCUACGUGUCUCCGGGACCGGCUCAUAACUCUCUGUCCUGAUUGUGCCAACGUGCGCCCCUGCGCAUGUUGCCCUGCGACGACGACGUCAUCUUCCUCCUCCUCGUCUUCGUCAACUUUCUCUUUCUUCUCAUCUGCCUCGUCUUCCCGCCGCGGCGGCCGAGUUUCCGACCUCCUUGACAAAGAGUCGGCCUUCCGGAGAUCGAGGUCCGUGGGAGUUCCUUUCUUAUUUACCCGCUUCGCGCGGGAGAAGCAGGCGGAGAAUUCGCCAGCGAGGAAGAAGAGCAGAACGGCCGCGCUUUUGGCGAAGUUUGGGCUGAAUAGUAGUAAGAGUAAGAAGAGAGAAGAAUUUGAGGAGAACAAAGAAAACGAAAAUUCGAAGGUAGCGGCGGCUGCGGCUGCGGCUCCGGCGGAGCAGAAAUUUGCUAAUUCUUGUAAUAGUGAUGGAAAUAAUGAAUGUAGGCAAAGUUGUAGUAACGCUAGUAUCGAGGAGUUCGCUAAUAUGAUGGUGAGGUCGAGGUCCGUGAGCGUCGGAAUGAUGAAUCAUUCCGGUGAGCGAAGACAUUCGUCGGCUUCGGCGUCGGGCAAGGGGAAAGGAUGGAGUUUUCCCAGUUCGAUGAAGGUUUUCCGGCCGAAGACUCCCAAGGUGGCCAACGAUCGGUCUCCGAUGUGCAGGGGCUGA